UUCACUCACUUUCAUAAUUCUCUUAUCCCUUUUUCUUUCCCUCUCAAUCAACUUAAAGCUUCCAUUUCCAUCAUAUGUUGACAGAUUCCCACUUUUUUUUGGUCCUCAAAUCCCUUUAUACAUUCAAAUACCAAAAGAAACAAGUAUACAAAAUCUUUCACAAACCCACUUUGCACUAAAUUCAAUGCUAAUAGUUCCAUCUUACCAAAACUUUGGAAAAAGACCUUGAUGCUGACCACAACCAAACACUUCAUUACCUCGUCCAAUGUUUUUAACUUGCACCUAGUCAAAUGUUUUUAAAUUGCAGUUGCGAUCGCGUAACAAUUUUAUAUAUCACUAGCCCAGAUCGGGUCCGCAAUUGCAAUUUCAAACCAAUUUUUUUCUUAAACUUUGAUUAGAAUCAUCAUAAUUUAUAUACCAUGUCACAAAUUUGAGACCCUCAGAAUUUCCAUUAUGUCCUUGUGUCAAACAAAAAACCUUAAACAGAAACAUAACAAGGUCAGAAAACGAGGUUGUUCCUCUCCAUCUUCCUCAUCAACCUUUUCCAGAAAAUAUAGAUUUAAGAGAGCCAUUUUGAUAGGGAAGAAAAGUGGAUAUACUACACCAGCACCCGUUUGGAAAACAAGUUCAAAAUCACCUUCUAUGGCAACUCAUCAUCAUCUUCAUCAUCACCAUGUUACAAAAAACACAGCUUUUCAUUCUUUUCGUUCCGGGUUAGUCUCUAAAGAGAAAGAAGUUUCUGUGUCUGCUAGAAAACUUGCUGCUACAUUAUGGGAAAUCAAUGAUUUAACUCCUUCAAGGAUCAAGAAGGAACCAAUGAAAAGCAACAAGGAUAGAGACAUAGAGAAAGUUGAGAGCUUAUGUAGAUCAAUGUUGUUGGGACCGCAGAAGUUAGAUUUAGAUCUAUCAUCAAAUAGGCUUUUCGUCACAGAGAAGGAAAGCGAUAAGGCAAAAGAGAAGAAGAAUUGUGGUAAAUGCAAAGUUGGAGUUAAGAACCGUCUUAAGGAAGCGAAAAGCGGGUUAUAUGCAUUGAAAAAGCUUCUAAAGGUGUUAAGUCAAAUGGUUGUUGAAGAGAAGCACUCAUCUAGAAGCAUGCCUCUCAUCUUGGCUAUGAGUAACGAGCUUAAUCACGUCCACGACCAAAUUGAUCGAUUCGUUCAAGAACAAAGCUCUAAUCAGAGUGAUAUUGAGUAUCUCAUGAAGCAUUUUGAAGAAGAGAAGAGUGUUUGGAAAAGAAGAGAAAGAGAGAAGAUUCGCGAGGCCACGGGGGGCAUAGCGCAGGAGCUUGAGAUUGAGAAGAAGCUAAGAAAGCAAACCGAGAGGAUGAACAUGAAAUUUUCCAAUGAAAUAGAGAAGUUAAAAGCUUCCUAUAAAAAGUUGUCUAAAGAGCACGAAAGGGAGAAAAGGGCUAAAGAGAUAUUGGAACAAGUUUGUGAUGAACUAGGCAAAGGAAUCGGAGAAGAUAGAGCAAAAGUAGAGGAUAUGAAAAGGGAAUCAGAGAAAGUUCGAGAAGAAGUGGAAAAGGAGAGGGAAAUGCUUCAUUUAGCCGAUGUUUUACGCGAAGAACGAGUCCAUAUGAAGCUCUCGGAAGCUAAGUAUCAAUUCGAAGAGAAAAAUGCAAUGCUUGAAAAUCUCAGAAAUGAAGUUGAAAGCCUUAUAAAAAAUAAAGAAAAAGGCGAUGACGAUGUUGAAGUUGAUCAAGGGCUUGAAAAGCUCAAGGAUCUUGAAAUAUAUCUAAACAAGACAUUUUUCGAAUUCCAAAAUCUCGAGGAAGAGAAUGAUUCGAUAGAGAACGAAGAUGAGUCGGGUGAAAGUGAUCUUCAAUCUAUUGAAUUGAACAUGGACAAUGAGAAUAAAAGCUACAAAUGGAGUUAUGCAUGUGAGAAUAUUCCACAUUUUGAAGCAAAAAGAGUUUCAAUUGAUAAAGAUAUAGGUAGAAGAUCUUUUUCUGAUUGGGGAAGUAUUUGCCUAAACAAAGGUCCUAAAAAGAAGGACUUUGUUGGUACAAAUAUUGAAGAGAUUUAUGAUCACAACCUUGAAAGUGGAAAAUCAAUUGAAAUUGUUUUUGGAGAAGAUGAAAUACAAAAACAUAAAGAAGAAAAUGAGAAGUAUAGCUAUAAGCCUAUUAUGAGUCUUAGAGAUUAUAUAUCAAUUCCUGAUUCUGGAAAAGAAAGUGGUAAGGUUUUGAGUUUGAGGUGCAUUGAUGGUGAAGCAGAGGAAAAUGCUCUGGCUUUGGAGGGAUAUGAAUAUGAAAGGAAGAAAGAGUGAGCUCCAAGAAAAUGAAAGGAGAUUUAUUUUUGAUAAAGUAGUAACAUAUAGAGAAGUUUCUUUUAUUAGUUUAUGUUCUUCUGUUAUACACUAUUUAUCUUUCAUGUAGAGUUUAUAUUCAGCAAAAACAAAGUUUAUAGCAACAUAUUAUCCAAAUUCAUCUUAAGGUUUUUUAUUUUUAUUUUUAUGUUUACCGGCUAAAUUAUCAG